GUGUUUUCACAAGCCACAGAAAAACCCCAGGAGAGGAAUUCCAGUCUUGAGUUUCUCCGGGAUCCUGUUUAUUUUGCCUGAAAUGUUCCCCUCUCUCACCUACAUGACAGAAACUGGAGAGACGCUUCACAAAGUCACAAAGCUCUUCUUUCAGUUCACGCAGGAACGCCAUGGAGGAGACAGCGGAGAAAACUCCUGUCGAGGCUUACAGCACUCUGAAGCCCAAAGGACUGAUGAAGAUGAAGAAAACGGCGCUCGUAGCCUUCAUCGCCGGAGCUGCUCUGCUGCUGUCCGGAGGAGUCGGAGCGUUUUACCUGUGGAAAGUUACAGAGAAAGAAGCGAUCAGCGCUCACCUGGGCAGAAACAUCGAUAUAAAGAUUGAAGAUGAUUCAGAUUCUGCAGAGGGGACGAUCGUGGAAGUUCAAGACUUUAAAGCUGGCAUCACCGCCGUCAAGUUUCCCGGAAAAGAGAAAUGCUUCAUCAAAUCACAAGCUAGAACUGAACUUUCUGAGGAUGAAGCCGGAGUGAAAGCUGAGGUGGCGUCUCUGGUCUGGAUCACUUCAGAAGAGCCACUGAAGGACAGCAGCUUCCUGAGCCCCGAAAUACUGCGAUUCUGUGCAGAUCUGCCCAUUUACUGGCACCACCCCGCAAACUCCAGAGCGCUGAGGAAGAGGAGGAGUGCGACACGAAUGAGACGCCAGACUUCAGCUGGAAUAAAUCGACAACCGGCCAGGCGGAGAAACUCCACAGCUUCAGCCAGAGACGAGAGACCCACAGGGCCCGAAUACAACCCAGAGAACCCCUAUCAUCAGAAUCAGGGUUCGGAGGGCACCAUGGUGUUCGACCCCAUGCUGGAUCAUCGUGGGAUCUGCUGUACUGAAUGUCACCGCAGCUACACUCACUGCGAGCGGGUGUGCGAGCCUCUGGGCGGCUACUGGCCCUGGCCCUACAACUACCACGGCUGCCGGCCCGUCUGCAGGCUCAUCAUGCCCUGCCGCUGGUGGGCCGCUCGUGUGCUGGGGCUGGUGUAGGAGAUCCAGACGCUUUACAGAUAAUCAGCAUUUCAGCUCCAGAAGAGGAGGAGUGAGGGAUUUCAACAAGUACAUGUGCAAUUAGAGAAGUGUCAGACAUGGGUGCAAUGCAAAAAAAAAAAGCUUUCCUUACUUAAAAGUUUGUCUUGGUCUAGUCCAAAUAUCUAGAAAGUCUUAAAUUAAGAAGCUUUUAUAGUGAAGCAAAAAUAUUCUGUUGUUUUCAGAAAUAAUCAGUCGAAAUGAACUGCAAAACUGCCAAAAAUGCCUUUCUGUAUUUGUGUUUUUGUCUUGUUUCUAGUUCAAAUGUCUAGAAAGUCUUUAAUCGCCAUGCAUUUCCUUAGACCAGCAAAAAUAUUGUGUUGUUUUCAGGAAUAAUGGGUCAAAAUGAACUGCAAAACUGCAAUAAAUGUUUUUGUCUGAGAGUUUUUGUCUUGUUUUUAGUCCAAAUAUCUAGAAAUUAUUAAAUCAAGAUGAUUUGUCUAGAGAAACAAAAGAAUAUUGUGCUGUUUUAAGAAAUAAUGAGUCAAAAUGAACUGCAAAACUGCCAAAAAAGCUUUUCUGUUUUUGAGUUUUUGUCUUGUUUGUAUAGUCCAAAUAUCUAGAAACUCUUAAAUCACGAUACAUUUCCUUAGAUGAGCAAAAAUAUUGUGUUGUUUUCAGAUAUAAUGAGUGAAAAUGAACUAAAAAACUGCAACAAAAAGUUUUUUUUUU